AAUAAAACCUUCGACAGUAAUCCUUCAUUACUAGAUUUCUAUGCGGAUACUCUCUUACUGCCAGCUAGCUAGCUACUAGUUUCACCGUUAUAAUCAGAAAUGGACAACACAGGGAAAGAGAAGGAAGCGAUUCAGCUUAUGGCUGACGCUGACAAGAAAGUGAAAACUUCUGGCUCGUUCUUGGGAGGCAUGUUUGGCGGACCUCAUAAAGUGGAGGAGGCGUGUGAAAUGUACUGCAGAGCAGCCAACAUGUUCAAGAUGGCUAAGAACUGGACCGCUGCGGGGAACGCCUUCUGCCAGGCAGCCCGGAUCCACAUGCAGCUCCAGAACAAACAUGACUCGGCCACCAGCUUCAUUGACGCAGGAAACGCUUACAAAAAGGCAGACCCCAACGAGGCGAUCAAGUGCUUAAGCGCAGCUGUUGAUAUAUACACAGACAUGGGAAGGUUCACCAUCGCAGCCAAACAUCACAUUACCAUAGCAGAGAUCUACGAGUCAGAACUGGUGGAUAUAGAGAAGGCCAUCGCCCACUAUGAGCAGGCAGCUGAUUACUACAAAGGAGAGGAGUCCAACAGUUCUGCCAACAAGUGUCUGCUGAAGGUCGGGGCCUACGCUGCUCAGCUGGAGCAGUACGCCAAGGCCAUCGAGAUCUAUGAACAGGUUGGAUCAAGCACCAUGGACAAUCCUUUACUGAAAUACAGCGCCAAAGAGUACUUCUUCAAAGCAUCUCUCUGUCACUUCAUCGUGGACGAACUCAACGCUAAACUUGCUGUUGAGAAGUAUGAAGAGAUGUUCCCAGCUUUCUCUGACUCGCGAGAGUGCAAACUGUUGAAGAAACUCCUGGAUGCCCACGAGGAACAGAACAGUGAAGCGUUCACAGAGGCGAUUAAAGAGUUUGACUCUAUCUCCCGUCUGGACCAAUGGCAGACCACCAUGCUGCUGCGCAUCAAGAAGACCAUCCAGGGGGACGAGGGGGACCUGAAGUGAACCUACACCGGAGGGAACACACCCCGACAGGGGCACACAUUAUGGCAUGCCGCCCCUUUCCAAUACUCCCCCACUAAUUCUCCCUCACUCAUUCCCUAUUGUUUUAGUGCAAUGACCAUCCCAAUUCUUCCUUACAGUUUGUCCUGUUAGCUAAAAUGGCUGCCAUGUGUAGGCCUCCAGAAAAUCUGUAGAGAAUGUAUACUCUGUUCAUUCCUAGUCAUUAUGUUGAAUUGUAAUAUGAUAUAGUAUAUGAAUGCCCUCAUAUUAAUAUCGCCAAACCCUAGUUAAUGUGGAUCCUGUCAGAGCUCUUUUCGGAGGGUAUGUGCAGAAUAUUUCCUGUUUAGUGGACAUUAGCCAGAAGGGCCGAGACAUAGUCACUGAUGUUAGUAUUGAGAGCCUGAAUACUGCAUGAUUUGUACAGUUGUAAUUAAUUAUUCUAAGUUCAGUAGACAGAGCUUUUUAUCUAAAAAGGUGUAUUUAAAUAUGUAUUUAAACAUUGUUUAUGGUUGUGUACACACUUUAUUUAUUUGAUUUAGGAAUGUUGUAAGAUUGUUACUGGUCUUUGGCUUUAAAAGGAAAUUCCGGUCGUUAUCAUAAGUGGUUCUUGUAAACCAACGUAUUCCAGCCUGAGCGUUGACAAUGAAUGUUUUUAUAACCCAAACAAAUGAAAAAGACAUUGAUGUAUAAUUUUGCCUAUUCCACCAAGACCCAGCCAGAAAGCAUAUAGGAAAUGCAGAAUCUGAUGUUGGCUUUAUUUUGUAUUCCCCGUAUAUAAUUUCCUAUUCUGUAUUUUUUAUGAAGGUGUUAUCUACAACUAGCAUCUUUACACAUGUUUUGGGUAAUCUGCCAAUGUGAGGUGACUUCAUAAUUCUGCUUGUAAAAAAAAAAAAGUAUUAUUUUUAAACUCAGAGCGAGCUAAGGUAAAAAUGCUAAGAAAAUCACUUGUCUUCUAGUUAGAGCACUUUCACGUCUAAACCCCAGCCUGUUUGUGUUAUGUUGAUGUGCUAUAUGUUGUGAAGUUAUAACCAUGUCGCUGCGUAUUAGUGCUCCGUCUUGCUGACCACUAGCAUAGCUGCAUGUUAUUGUGUCUCGUUUUUGGUGGUGUUCCACAUUUCCUAGUAGUAUUACUUGCACCAAGAUUUCUACAGUGCCCCCCAAACACACAUGUGGGGACUUUCAGCCUCUGUAUCAAGCUUCUUUCAGACAGAAUAGUGCUUGUUUCUUUUUAUUUUAUCUGUGUGUGAGAACAGACAGAAAUAAAGACAUAUCUAUCUUAUUCUU